UCCACCUCCCACGCAAUCUUUUCUGAAGCCCUGGAACUGGUUCCUUGCAGACAGGCACGAUAACGGUGUCCACAAGGCCAACCCUGGCGUGUAACGUCUGUGCGAAAACUCCCGUUCGGUUCGUUGUCGUCGGUGGUUGUUGGUAUUGCUCGAACGUUCGCAAAAAAACUGUUGAAAAUACUUAAAUAAAAAUUGUUUCACAAAAUCAGCAAGUUUCAAUUAAUUGUGGCGUGUUGAGUGCUAACUAACGUGUGCAAUAUGUAUUUUUUGGCAUUGCUUGCGUUCAUUGGAAAUGCCAAAGAUGGAAACGCGGUGAGCUCGAGCCUCGGAGGCUCCUGCCGCGACUAUAAUGGAAAAAUGUACGAGACGGGCAUGCACUACAUGCCAGGACCCGACUCCUGCCGCCUCUGCAUCUGCGACAGUGGACUGCCCAAGGCCUGCAAGAUGGUGCUCUGCGAGGCGUUCAGCAAGUGCAAGUCCUUCCAGACGGUGGGCAGCGGCAACAAUUGCUGCGAGGUGAUCUGCCUGGACGACCAGUUCAGCGACGGGAGCACCGACUUCGGCAUUUGA